AUGAAAUUAUUAUUAUUAUUAAAAAUUUUCGUUGUUACCAUUGAUGCUGCUGCUUCUAUUCUAGGGAAAAAUGACAAUAUAGCCCAGAAUCUCAAUAUCACCCCCAUAAGAAUUCUCGCUACAACUAAAGUUCCUACUGAAGUAAACCCUUCAUUGAUUACGAAAACUUCAACAGCUUAUACCGAAGCCACUCCAAAUAACAACAAUUCACUUCUAUAUAUUAAAAAUAAACAAGAUCGAAUACCGACACCGAAUAAAACAAAUGCUUCCGAAACUGUAACUGUGACUACAACAGAAACACUUCUAGCACCCCCCACCAUCACACAAUUUGCAUCAUGUCAACAACCAAACUCUAUCAACACCAGUACUAUGAUGUAUAAUCCAGCUGAAUGCUCACAACGAAAUUCGCUACCAGAUGGGGAAAUUUGCGAAAACAAUGACCAAUGUUUAUCAGGAAAUUGUCGACUUGUUCAAAUUAAUGGGAUAAAAAAAUGUCAGAAUGCAGUAACAAUUUUUUCGCUUUUUAGAAAAAAGAAACCAACAACAUCAAUAACUUUGGAGCAUAAUGAUAAGAAAUUGACAGUUGAUAUUGAGGACGAUGAUAAUGAAAGUUUGAUACUUGAGGAUUUACUUCCGGAACCACCAAAUCGAGCCUAUUUCAGCGCUACUGCUGAUGAUCUUAUUUGGGGUAAUGGAAAUAGGGCUUCUAAUGUUGCUCAUUCAGAAUCAGAUUUAAAUAUGAAUAUGUCAUGUUCCUCUUCUUCAUUAACACAUUCUUCACUGAGUUCAUCUUACUCAUCAAUUAAUCAAAAUAACAAAUCAUCAUCAUUGUCAUCCUCGUCACCUUUAUUACCACCUAAUUCUUCCCGAUGA